CUUCCUCUCCUCUCCUUUCUUUUCCCUUCCUCCGUUCUUCCCUUUUCUUCUUUCCCUUUCUUUUCGUCUGCUUUUAUUCCUCUCCUCCUCUGCUCCUUUCGCCCCUUCCCUCCCUCUUUCUUCCUCUCCGGAGCGAAGGAGGCGGCGCCUGGGAAGAAGAGCGAGCGAGGCUCGGGGGCGGGAGCCAGAGAGGGAAGGAGGGGAGGGCCGAGAGAGAGAGAGAGAGAGGGACUGGAGAGCCACCCAGUUGAAGGGACUUUACUUUGGAGGCGCCACCAAAAACAAAAGCAGAGCCCCAUCGGGCCAUGAACGGCUUCGGCCCCGACGAAGUCACCCGAGGAGGAGGAGGGGCAGGGGCAGGGGCAGGGGAAGCCUCCUCCUCCUCCGGUGCUCUGCCGGCCUCGGUGCUGCCGGGCCCUGGGCCGGUGGAGGUCCUGCCACCCCCGCCUCUGCCUCUGCCCCCUCUCCCUCCUCCUCCUCCUCCGCCUUCGCUGCCUCUGCAGCCGCCGGCCGGGCUGGGGCUGGGCUUGGGGCUGGGGCUGGGGCUGGCUCCCUCCUCCUCCUCCGCCGUCGGGAUCCCCUGCUCUGCUCCCCCGCUUCCUCCUCCUCCUCCGCCGCCUCCGGCUCCUGCUCCUGCGGGGUCUGCUCCGCUGGGCGCCGUGGGUCCCGGGGCGGGCCAGGUGUGCUGCCUGCGGGAGGAGGGCGAGCGGUGCGGGCGGGCGGCGGGGAACGCCAGCUUCAGCAAGAGGAUCCAGAAGAGCAUCUCCCAGAAGAAGGUCAAGAUCGAGCUCGACAAGAGCGCGAGGCAUCUUUAUAUUUGCGAUUUCCACAAAAACUUAAUUCAAAGUGUCCGGAACAGAAGAAAGAGAAAAGGUAGCGACGAUGAUGGUGAUUCACCAGUACAAGACGUUGACACUCCAGAGGUUGAUUUAUUUCAGUUGCAAGUAAACACACUAAGAAGAUACAAAAGGCACUUCAAGUUACAGACAAGACCAGGACUUAACAAAGCACAGCUUGUUGAAAUAAUUGGAUGUCAUUUUCGGACUAUUCCAGUGAAUGAAAAAGACACCUUAACCUAUUUCAUCUACUCUGUGAAGAAUGACAAGAACAAAUCAGACCUAAAAAUGGAUAGUGGUGUUCACUAAAUAAGCAAACUUGAGACUUUCAGACCUAAAGACUGUUUUGGAAUGACUGAAGCUUUCUUUGUAACUGGUAUUCAGAUGGAGAAUUCUGAUGUUAUUUUCUUGGGGAAAAUACUGCUCAAAAAUGAAAUUUCCAUGGUAAAAAAUAUUUUAAAUAAAUACUGUUGAUGUUCCUGUG